AGGCCACCACCGCCAUGUGAAACUGAUGAUGAGUUUGAAGAACGCUUCCCACCUCCUCAACCGAACCAGCCCAUCAUGAUAGCAGCACAUGGCUUGCACCAGGAGGUUCGCCAGUGGUCGAGCAAGGACAACGAAAUCAUUGCGGCCGCCAAGAGAAUGGCUAUCCUCAUGGCACGGCUCAGCCAGCUGGUCAGGGGCGAAGGGGGCACCAAAAAAGACCUGAUCGCCUGCGCCAAGCAGAUUGCCGAAGCUUCUGAAGAGGUGACUCGCCUUGCCAAGGAGCUUGCUCGCAUGUGCACCGACAAGCGCAUGAGGACGAACAUUCUGCAAGUGUGCGAGCGCAUACCGACAAUCGGAACCCAGCUGAGAAUACUGUCCACCGUCAAGGCCACCAUGCUUGGGGCCCAGGGCACGGAGGAGGAUCAGGAGGCGACGGACAUGUUGGUUGGCAAUGCCCAAAACCUGAUGCAGUCGGUCAAGGAGACUGUGCGUGCCUGCGAGGCAGCCUCCAUCAAGAUCCGCACAGACUCUGGACUGCGUGUCCGCUGGAUCCGCAAGCAGCCCUGGUACCAGUAUUAGACGGAGAUGCCAGAUCACGACAGAGCACAAAUGCAGAGCCUUCCAUCAUCCCUCUGCUGUGCAUCCCUUUGAUAAUGCUGCUUUGCAUGAAUUACCACAAAACAUGCAGCAGCGUCAAGAGAAAGCUGCUGCAACGAGGCCAGGUAUUGCAGCUGUGGAGUUCUGCGAGCCACGAUUGUUCCUGGUUGCAGGUGAUUGUCGUGCGGCAAUAGGAACGGGGAAUGACUCGGCCACUGCGAAAAGUUCUGCGUCGACCCCUAGGGUGCUGUUCUGGGUGCACCUCGUUAACAGUCCUUUGUUUUAGCUUCUCUCCUUUGGUGUUUCUUGUUAUCAAUUGGUCUUUGCAUUGUUGCGCUUAUGUUAUUGUUUUCAUUUAAGUAGUGUAGUCUUUGUUCUUAGUAGUGUUGACCUCAUUGUUGGUGCAGCGAGAGUUUUUAUUGACCCUGCUAAUCAGCUUUAUCUCAUCAACUCGAGGCAGGGCAAGCCCACUUACCGGUUCGAAUUGUAUUAUGUCAUACGCACAAUAACGGUCUCUACAUUUCAUUUGAAAAUUUUGGCUGCAUUUUCAAGUUCGAAGUGUAACCACAUUUUUAGUUGGUGACUAUUGUGGAAGAGCUUGUUCUUUCCUCUUGAGCACUUUCCUCGUGUCUUUUUAAGAUUUCCUUGAUGAGGUGGUCUAAGUAUGUUGUGCUAAAUGAUUUUAAGUUUUCUGAGCAGUUAGUGCACUCCACUCGGCAAUGAAAACAUAUCUGAGACAGGGUAUCUGCCACUGAACACUUAGCUGGUGCUUGCUUGGCUGCUGGAAAAAAAAAAAAAAAAAAAGCUUUUUCUUUCUUGGCAAAUGUCGCGCUAAACUUACAAUUAAGCUCGCCUAGAUUGUAGAUUGUGCGAUACGAGUGUAGUUACUACACAUGGCUCUCUCAUAACCUUAGCGUACUUUUGUGCAAGAGUUUCUUGGAAUGGAUUUUCGAUUUAAGCAUGCACAGAACCAGAUGAGUUGUCGUGCAAAUGAUUUUUAUACUACGAUGGGAUUGGUCCUCUUUGCAUACUGAAGACGAGUGUGCUAGCAUAGUCUAUUUUUGGAUGACAUUAUACUACUGACAACUUUACUUCAGUGACUACCAAUGUGUCUUCCACGAGUUGGAACAACAAAGGCCAAUAAUGAUAAUAAGGCCUUUCACUGGGCUACAUAGCACUGACAAUUUGUCUUUUAAUUUUCUCUGCGGGAGUUAUCCCACAGUAAAAUGUUUCCACAAUGCUGAAAGCAAGUCAGUGACUUGUAUAUUCUGGUACACCUGGGCUAUUACGGAAGUAGUCCUAACGCACUUCUACAUGUAGCUAUACCUGAAACAGUCCAUAAAUUAAGUAGUCCUUCAAGAUUUUAAAUGAACGCUCGUGGCAUUUCUGUGCAACAUAGUUGCCGCAAGGUGUUCCAUGCAUCGUUUGUCGAUCUCUUUUGUUAACAGCAGCUGUUCUCAACUUGUGUCUCACCUCGCUUGCGUCCAGAAGUCACGUCCUGCCCUGCUUGCAUGCUCCAAGUUUGUCUAAGCUGGGCCAUGUGCGAAUCAUGCAUUUGUUAUCUUUUCUUAUUAACCCAGUUUUUAACAAGCUUACUUUUUUUAAAAAGAGACCGGUGUUUGUUCCAUGUUUUUAACAUUGAGCAUUUGUACACGUUGCGUUGCUCGAAGGAACUGGAGAGAUUCUGAGGUGCUCCUCUCUCUCUCGCACACGGUUGUGCCAUAUGACUCUGGAACAUAUUUUAUUUUGAACCUUUUACAUUGUCAUGUGUACUCAUUUUAAAGAUAUGCGGGUUGUUCCGUUGCCUCUGGUGAUCCAAAAUGGUACCGAUUUGUCGAGUGCCGUGUUUGCUAGGUAGCCUGUGCUAGUGUCUUAAGCUAUGUCACUGCCCAUCCAAAACAGCCAAUAUAUGUAUGAGCAAAAUUUUUUUCUUCUUAACUUGAAGUGGUGAUAUCGGAGAUAGAAAGCUUUCUAGUUUCAUUUCCCACCUGGGUAUGUUGAGUCACUUUAUAAGUGUUUCUAAGAGACAAUGCUGUUAUCUCAGUUUUCAGUAACAAGCUUGUUGUACUUAGCAUGUUGGUAUUUAUAGUUUUGCACAGUGUUGUCCUGUGUAAUGACUGCAACGUGAAAGUACUAGUGUUUCAAAGUCCCUGCAAAACUCUUUUUGCACAGACAAGCUUUGCCGUGCAUUGUUAUGUCCAGGUGCUUAAUAAGAGCAAUUUAGGGUGAUUUUGCUAGCGUCGAUUACAUGAGUAUGUGCUAAUCAACUGGUGAGAGGACAAGGUUCAAAGAAUAAACGAGUACUAGCUUGUUUAGCAAGAGAAUUCCCUAGCCCAAAAGCCCCUAGCUCUUUUCUAAGACUGUGGCCGUGAGCAUCAUUGCAUUCUUUGUGUUGAUCAUAUGGAGCCAUCUCGCACCACCAGAGGCAGUGGACGUUCAAGUGUGAAAAGCUGUGCCCGAAUAAUGCCACAAUUCUGUUCCACUUCUAUGUCAGUGUGAUUAUGUUUUUGACCCCUUUGCCUUAGGUUUGCACAGUCGAUUCUUGAUAAUUCGAACUCGAAGGGCCAUGAAAAUCGGUUUGCACUAAAAAUAGCUUGAAUUGAAGCAAGAUAAUUGAAUUAAAGCAAGGUAAUUGAAUGGAGGACUUGCGUGCAGCGCUUGCGGUGCAUGCGUGCUGAGCUUAACACGAGUGACGAAUUCCAAAAGUGUGGCUUCACUGCAGCGUGACACAUGCUGCCGUGAAGCCGCAUGUCUAGGCAGAAUUUUUGCUGCUGUGAAGCUGCACCUCAAGGCAAAAUUUGCAUGUACCCCACACCCCAACUUUACUGUACCACUUAAAAAAAAUUUGAUGCAGGUUAUGUGCGCCAUAGUACGGUGCUUGCAACGGUAGAUGGGAGCAUCAGCCGAUAUGCGGCCGCACUGCCGGGCCAGAAGCGCCGUAAUGUGAGUUGGCGCGUAGUGUGUCCCAAACGCUUACUUGUUCGAAUUAGUGGGCAUUUUCACACAUUGAUGUGCACAUAGUUUUGACAAGACCACUACGUCAGUUCAUAUAAACUGGAAGUUCAAAUUAAGCAGGUUUGAAUUAAUGAGAUUCCGCUGUGAAACCAUGUUAUUGUUACUUUUUGAGAUCGAUGACUCGCUGCAAUCCAUGAUGAUAAAUGGAGUAGGAGAGAGUUGCAUUAUUCUGGCACUGCUUUCUGUGACGUCUCUUCGUGCUGACUAUCACUAUCUGUCACAGUGAAUUGUUCUUGGUGUGUUGUCCAGCUGGUGCGUGUUUGCAACCUGCCCACCGUCAUUUACGGCACAUUUGGCGAACACUUUAAGCAGUUCAUGCAAGAGGUGUUGCAGUUGAGAUGCAUGGAUCGGUGUCUCAAGCGUGCCUCCUGAAUCGUGCAGGGUGUGUCCAGUGUUCACUCAAGAACACGUCACCCACAUUUACAUCAAAUGAAUUUUUACUCAUGGGUUUGGUAUGGCUUGAUCGCAUUGAUACAAUGGUAUGCAAAGUGCAAGAUUUUCUCAAGGCUUAGUUGCGAGGAACCAUACUGGUGUAGCCAGAUGGUUAGCUGUUAAGCUAGCUGGGUCUUCAUGCACUGCAGCAAUUGGAGCUAUUGCGCAGUUAGCAUAAGUUUUGACAGUGCAGUUCACUUCAUUUGUUUUAAGGACACCUAGACCAUAAUGUGGUCAUUGACUGAAUUUACCUGUGAAUUCUAAAUACAGAUGUCUUUUCAUGUAGACGCGCACAGUACAAUUUACUCUUGGAGGGAACACGUCAUACUAAUAUUCAAACCAAGGUUACUUGAACACAUCAUGAACCCCAUUAGAAGGAAAAGUGCUUGAUAUGGCACAUUGGUAGACUUAUAAUGGUAAGAAAUUAUUGCCAAGGCCUUCAUGUCAUAAGUGAGCUGUAAUCAAUUCCGAAGUACUAGUCUGGCAUUCCCUUUAACUAUGGGCCACACUGUACACGAAACAGGCACAAACUGUUGCUACAGCUGGGAGGGUUCAGGAACGGCUGGGAGGGAUCACGUUCAACAAGAUGGCAUUUAAUGCACGUUCGUGUGUGGCUUCUGCUCCUCUCCUCACGGCCAAAGGCUCAAGUGAUUUGUGUGCGAGGAGUGAAAUGUUUUUCGGUUGUUUGCGCUUGCAGGCGAUGGUGGUGCCUUUCAUUCAUUAUGCAGAUGCUUUUCUUAUGCAAUGUGCCACUCUCAUGGGGCAGCGUGCCCUUCAACCCCCAGUGCUUUUUUACACGCCAGUGACUACUUCGUGUACUGCAAUAACCACCUUUAUUUCUUAUUUAUAUCAUAUAUUAGAGCUAAUAAAGUAAUUAUUACUCCUUA